ACUACCAAACUUGGGAUUUAUUUUAUCGUUGGUUAGAGGAAAGAAUGAAGGAUUAGGAAUCAAAUAUGUAUUAGCAUAGCUAACCCCAGACAGCUCGUUGAUUGGAAAAUUAACAUAUGUAUGCAAAAGAGAAUCAAUAAAAUCUCUAUAAAAAAAAGAGGAUUGAAGAGAGGUUCAGACCUCACCCAGUCUCAUCUGCGCUGCUUUAUAGGUGUCUGGUGGUAAGUUUGACUUUGGCUGUCUGCAGCUUAGUGACAGGCCAUAUUUCUAUGGCCGGUCUUUCGUCCACUGGUUUGGAGGGCUGCCCCGGAUUGAGCAGAAGAGCUACCGGUUGCCCAUGGCUACCGAUGCAGCCACCAUGGACGCUUGGAAGAUGAACUCCAUCUUUCUAGUUCAGUUUCGCAUCACUGGGGGGUGGGGCUAAAAGGGUCAAAAAGUUGCCCUGAAGAGGUGACCAGCAAGGAAGUGCUUUCGCUGGAUUGCAAGAGAGUGAUAGCUCUCCCGUUAGAACCGGCGUUCCCCUCCAAACUGGCGGACGAAAGAAUAUCAAACUGAAAGAAUCUGAUCAUAGGUUGUGCUUAACUAAUUCUCUGUAUUUAAUGCAGGUGGGUCAUUUUCUACCAGAAAAAGCCCUUGCCUUUUUCACUGGCUCAACUCACACUUUCUCAACCCAGUAUGGUUCUGGAAGCAAAACCUGAUGUUGUCCACCACCCAUACUGGCCUCGGAAUUUGGAACUCCAAAAUUACAUCCCAAAUGAUCAACCCUCAUGGCAAUUCUUGACAUUCGUAUUCUCUACUUCAGGAAUUCUCUUGCUAUUGACUUGGUUCGUAGCAAGUUGGCAAAGCAAGAUAUGGGGCCCUUUUGGAACUUGGUGCGCCUUGAUCAUUUGCUGGUUUACCAUCUGUGUUUUUAUUCAUACUGUCAUCGAGGGCUGGUUUGCCCUUUACUAUAUAGAAAUCCCAGGGGAUCAAUCCUUUGUCUCGCAGCUCUUUAAGGAAUAUGGCAAAGGUGACAGCAGAUAUAUGAUAUCAGAUAAUUUUAUAAUUUGCGUGGAAACAGUCACUUUCUGUGUUUUGACUCCCCUCAGUCUUUGGACUGCAGUCGCAUUUCUUUCACGCCAGUCCCAUCGAUACGUGCUGCAGCUAGUGGUGUCAAUAGGUCAACUAUAUGGUGAUGUUCUCUACUUCUACACUGCAUACCGUGAUGGCUUUCGCCAUAGUGAGAAGUGGCACCCUACCUACUUCUGGUUUUACUUUGUCUUUCUGAAUGGUCUGUGGAUUAUCAUUCCCUCUAUUCUCAUCUGGGAUGCCUGGAAGCACCUCAGUGGUUGCCAGAGAGUAAUAGAUGCCAACAAGAUCAAGAAACAUUGAUGUUUUGCACAGGAGGUCGUAUUGGAUGGUACUUCCAGCCCUUCAGAGGUUGAUCUUGUAUUCCUCCUGUUCCUCUGCACCUGUUUAGAUAUUUUCUGUGGUUUCUCUCCAUUUUCAGUUAAUUGAUUGAAUUGAUGGUGGUUAUUCUCUUCUUUAAAUAUUCAUAGCUCUUAAAUUAUGAGCUUAAAAUUAAGACUGCAGUUUUAUCUUAAUGAAGGUUUUUUUUUUAAAUCAGGAAAUUGUAUUUCUAAAUAAAUGUCAUUAGGAUCAAGUGACUCAACUAAUACUAGUCAGUAUUAAACUGAGCCCUGCUGUAGACCAUA